AUGGAUUCUACAAAACUGAGGACAUUUUUUGAUGUAGAUUCUACAGUUUCAUGGGUUAAACGAAAUAGAUAUCAUCGAAUCGCUUUGCAGUUUCCUGAUAGUUUGGUUCCAUUUGCUGUUGAUAUCGCAACUACUUUGGAAAGUGAAUCUGGCGAAGAUGUGAAAACAUAUAUUCUGCCUGAUACAACAUAUCGAAGUUGUUGUGUAGAUUGGCUAGCCGCAGAACAGUGUAAUGCUGACUGUAUCAUUCAUUAUGGAGACUCAUGUUUGAGUAAAACCAUAAAUCAUCUUCCAGUACGGUUUGUUUUCGGGUAUGCGUCUAUUAACUGGCAAGAGUUGGAAAAAGCUGUGAAAAAAUGUUGCAAUAAAUUUGAAAAGAAUUGCUGCCUUUUGUUUGAUUCAGUGUACCUAAGCAGUGAAGAUGGCUUAUGCGAUAUUUUGAGCAAGUUUGAUGAUUUGAAGUCAUUAUUUAUUUGCAAAAUUAUCGACCAGUUUAAUGACGUUCAACACAGUCAGCCUUCUUCUUCAAACGACGCAUGUUGCUUGGGACGUAUACUUCCACCGAAAAAUCAAUGUAUGACGGUCUUGUUUAUUGGUGAAGUAGAUAGUCCCUUGUUACCACUUUGGCUGAUGACAAAUUUGAACUGCACUAGCGUUUUUACAUUUUCUCCUACUACUCUACAAUACUCAUUUGAAAAGACUGCGACUAGCCGCAUUUUAAAAAAACGUUUGUAUUUGAUUGAGCGGUUGCGAGAUGCUCAAACUGUUGGCCUUGUUGUCAGUACAUUGGAUUUAGAUGGAUACAAAGAAGCAUUAGAACGAAUCAGAAAGCUUUGCAAACUUGCAGGAAAAAAGUACUACACUUUAGCAGUUGGAAAAAUUAACGCACCGAAACUCUCUAACUUCGCGAAUGACAUAGAGGUAUUUAUCAUUCUUUCUUGUCCUUAUGGUAUUCUUUUGGAUGUUUCCGAUUUCUAUCGUCCAGUUUUGAGUUUUUUCGAAGCAGAAGUAGCUUUGAAUCCAAAGAGCAGUUGGUCAGCUUGCGAAGGGUGGACUGCCGAGUUCAAAAACCUUUUGCAUAGUGAGUAUGACAUUGGUAGUGAAGUCGACAUUACAUCAGAUCUGAGCUUGGUAACUGGUAAAAUACGUUCGAUGUGUUUUAGAAACGACGUCGAUGGCGACGUGAAUACGUGUAAUGCUGUGUCUCAGUAUUCUGCUGGUAACUUUUCAAGUUUUUAUAAUGUUCUUUGGGGCAUUCAAAUUAUAGAUAAUUCGUCAUAUGAUAUGUCAAGUGUUUCAGGCGAUUAUUUUUCGAAAAGAACUUGGAAAGGAAUGGAUGACAGUUAUGGCGCUGAAAAUGUUGUCGUGCAGAAAGGACGGUCGGGCAUUGCUAUGAAGUAUGAUUCAGAACCAUCAGUUUAG